AUGUUAGCAUCAUCAGUUUCUGCUUUUGCAUCAGAUGGACGACUUCUUCAAGUUGAAGCAGCUCAAGAAGCAACCCGUAAGGGAUCGACAGCUGUUGGUAUACGUGGGUCAAAUUUUCUGAUUCUUGGUGUACAUAAUCGUGUUUUGAAUAAAACGAUUGUACCACGAACCGUUUCUAAGAUGCAUGCUCUUGAUAGCCAUUUGGUAAUGGUUUACGUAGGUAUUGUUGGCGAUGCUAUGCGGUUACGAGAAGUCGGUAUUGAAGUAUGUAAGAAUAACAAACAAGUGUAUGAUAAUAAUAUCGAACCAUACGUAUUAGCGAAAUAUAUUGCGGAUCUAAAACAAAACCAUACCUGCCUGAGUACCGCACGUCCUUUUGGGGUUUCAUGCAUUUUUGCUGGUUUCGAUCAUGACUAUCCUCAAUUGCUUAAAACUGAUCCCUCCGGCGAGUUCAAUCUAUGGAAGGCGUGCGCUAUUGGCCAAUUAGCAGACUCAGUUGAGGAUUUUUUGGCAAAAAACUUAACUAACCGAAUUGCAGCCUCUGUAAGUUCCUCUAUUAAGCUGGCUGCAAAUUCUUUGUUUACACUAACACCUGAUUCAUUUGAAAAUAUUGAAAUAGGUAUUAUGAUAAAAGAUAAACCACUCGAAAUGAUAAGCAAUGAAAACCUUCAUGCUCUUUUGCAAGAGGAAUCUUGGACGUAA